AUGCUAUGCUGCCUAUGCCUUUCCCGAUAGCCUUAGUAUGGUCAUCAUUUUCUCAUUUAUAUCCUUCAUCUUGGUAAGGAUGCGAUAGCUUGCCCCUCUGCAUGGAUUUGUUUUUUCCAGCGCUUGUUUCUUUUCUCUGUUAACCAGAUCUCGUUCUUUUAUUUUGCGGGUGUCUAACCAUCCUUCUUCGGAGGUCCGAGACUGGGCUGAUGGUCAACCCGCCGGAGCUCAUGGCGCCCUACACCUCCCAGCCAGUGGCCGUGCCGGAGAACUGCCGCUCCAUGUUCAUUACCUUCUCCAAGGAAAAUGCCCUCCACCGCGAGGAGAUCUUCCAGUACUUCAGGCAAUCAUCUUGCUGUAUUUUACAAUCGCCGGUUAAUUGGCCGCAGCUCACAUUUGGGGUGACAGACAUGAUGAUGAUGGAUAGCAGCAAAAGGAAGAGUGGCGAGGCUGCCACCAUCACAGCAGAUCAGGUGUGCCCAAGCAACAACAACAAGAGGAAUAAGGCCCUUCUACUAUCUCUUUGUACGCUGUUGUUUUCUGAUGAAAUGAUGUUGGAGGUGCUACUUCGGCUCCCUGUCAAAUCCAUUCUCUGCUUCUGGUCCGUCUGCCGCGCUUGGGCUGUUAUUUUGUUCUCCAAGGAUUGAAAUCAAAAUUCAAAACAUUGCUCGUAGUGUCGAAACUAAAGAUGGAUCGUUGUUUCUAUUAUAGACGACAUGAACGAUUAGGAUUGAUCACAUUUGUUGUUAAUAGAUGGAUAUUGUGGCCGUACAA